CGAAGAAAUCGUACGUUGGCUUUGGCUGUGCAAGCACACCAUCCUUAAGGUUGCUUCGGUUGCCAAAGAGUCACAGUCAAGAAGGCCAAGAGGCUGCUGGAAACGAUCUUGUCACACGAUGGCCUCAGCAUCGAUCUUAGACGCGUGGACGCCAAGCAGCUGGCGAACAAAGCCGAUUGCCCAAGAUGUGGUCUAUCCGAAUCAAGCAGAGCUCAACAGGGCUACGGAUAGAUUGAAGCAAUUGCCGGGUCUAGUGACCCCGUUCGAGAUCGAGAAGCUGAGAAAGCAGCUUGCAGACGUAGCGGAUGGCAAGGCUUUUCUGUUGCAGUCUGGCGAUUGCGCAGAGUUGUUCACAGACUGCGUGCCCUCAAAGAUCGAUGCCAAGGUCAAGCUCAGCUUGUUGAUGAGCCUGAUCCUCAUUUGGGGUGGCAGAUUACCCGUAGUGCGGGUCGGAAGGAUAGCAGGGCAGUAUGCCAAGCCGAGGAGUAAAGCCACAGAGGUUGUCAAGACUGAAGAUGGAGAGCAGGUAGAAGUCUUGACGUUCAGAGGAGAUAAUGUAAAUGCGUUUCAAGCCUCUGCCUCUGCAAGGAGACCGGACCCCGAACGGCUUCUGCAAUCCUAUUUUCAUUCUUGCGCUACACUCAACCACAUCAGAGCAUCUCUCGGCAGUGGCAUUGCAGACUUACACGCUCCACAGAGCUGGUCCUUGGCUCACGUCAGAUCGCCAGCGCUGCAACGUGAAUUUUCUAGCGUCAUAGAAUCGCUCGAAGAUGCGCUGCAUUUCAUGCAAGUCGUUGGCGCCGAUAGAAACGAGCGAAGCUUGGAAAGCGUAGAUUACUACACCAGUCACGAGGGGUUGAUGCUCGAGUACGAGGAAAGUCUGACGCGCGGUAUCGAGAGUUCCCGAAUGUCCAAAUCAAAAUUGGAGGCGCCGAACGAAUCCACUCGUGCAUCGCACUACGCUCUCAGCGCGCACACCCUUUGGUUGGGCGACAGGACUCGUCAGCUCGAUGGCGCUCAUGUGGAGUACUUCCGCGGCCUGAUCAAUCCAAUCGGCGUCAAGGUUGGGCCAAGCAUGAAGCCGGGCGAAUUGGUGGAUUUGCUGGCCAAGGUGGAUCCACUUGCUGAAAAGGGGAGGUGUACACUGAUCUGCAGAUUCGGAGCUGGCAAGGCACCCUCUUUAUUGCCGCCUCUCAUCCAGGCCGUCCGAUCUUCGCCGCACGCAAACAGCGUCAUUUGGUGUAGCGACCCCAUGCAUGGCAACACGCGUUCUUCGCCUCUAGACCCUAGCAUCAAGACACGUCGCUUUGGCGACGUGGUGACGGAGCUCGUGGAGAGCUUGCAGGUGCAUGCGGCGGAGAGAAGCAGGUUAGCAGGCGUGCAUCUAGAAUUAACGGGGGAGGUCAAUGCGAAGGGAGAGAGCGUGACAGAGUGCGUGGGUGGCAGCAUGGAGCUAUCGGAUGAAGACCUCGGUCGGCGGUACUUGACACAUUGUGACCCGCGCCUAAACUACGAGCAGUCCCUCGACGUCGCUUUCUUGCUUUCGCACUCGUUGCGCAGUCGCAGACUAGGCCGAUCUUCAUCUGCAAGCAGAUCGAGAACACGAGAACCGAGUCCGACCUCUUCACCUAUUCCGCCAAGCGACAACGCGCAGAAUGGGGUAUCGCACGGUGACAAGACGCAUCCCUCGCUCCUGCUGAAUGAGGACGAAGAUUCGCUGCUCAAGGAGCUCGUCAGAGGCAUUUCGAAUCGGUCUUGAUCGCGUUCUGAACAAGCAAGCGCGCAAACGAGGGGCACAGCUUGGUAAGAUCUAGAAACGGGUCUGCGUCAUAGGUCAUUCAUCUAUUAUUGCUCUAUGCAGAUCGUUUGUCGUGCGAAGAAGAUCGGAUGUACUGCAGGCUGCGACACGUUGUAAGCGGCUCGGAUGCGAUAAGAGUUCCAAGUGCUUGAGUCAGUAUGAAGCACGAGAAUGUGCGCGUU